UGUAAAUAAAUAUAAUAAUUAUAAAAGAAUUAUAAAAUGGAUCAGACCCCAUUCGAAUAUUGCCCUCACAAUAGAAGAAUUGUGACUAACAUGCAUAAAGACACCCCAAAGAUUAUGGUCGGAACUGCUGCUAUCUUCCUCCUUUCUCUGAGCUUGUACAAUAGAAGAAGAUUCAGAGUGGACCAAGAUGUGCUAAAGUUCACUUUCUUCGGAAUUGCCUCCUCAUUUUCAGCCUAUUCCUGGGCAAACUUCAUCUUUUCAAGUGCUGAUGUUGAAGCUGCUGUUUUGAACAAUGAGAGAGAAGGAGGAAGAGUUUAAAUAUUUUUGAAUGAAGUA